CAAAGAAGAAGAAGAGACCAGGAAGUGUCUGUUCAUCGCUCCCAUGUGUUGCAUACAUUAAUGGUUGCUGUUCAGUCGUUCAUUCAUUGUUUGAACGAAAUCUGAAGCAAUAUUUAGCUAAAGCAAGCCAACUUGUUAGUUACCUUUCCUAACUCAACCAAAGACGAACCCGGUCCUCAGUCAAACUGUAACAGCUAGCUAGCUAACGUUAAAAUCGUGCUAAAUUGGUUUGGAAAACUAUAGCUGUAGUCAUUGAAAAAAAGUGCGUAGCCUGAAUGAAAAGUGCAGUGGAUACUAGCAUGAUCAAGGAGAACUGUUGGAACAUACCUCCCAAUGCUCCAGCGUGCAUGGAGAAGCAUCUGAGCUGCGCGCAGUACAGAGCAGAUGGCACUCUCCUUCUCGGUGCCUCCAGCCUCUCUGGCAGAAACUGGCAGGGAUCUGUUUGGAUCUACAGCGACCCUGAGCAGGCCCCCAAUGAGGGACUCUGCAAAGCUGGUGUGCAAACUGAGGCUGGAGUCACAGAUGUCAAAUGGGUAUCAGAAAAGGGUAUUCUUGUUGCAUCAGACUCAGGUGCCUUGGAGCUCUGGGAACUAGCAGAGGAUGAACGCCUGCUGGUGAAUCGCUUCACCAAACAUGAGCAUGACCACAUUGUCACAACAGUGAGCCCAAUCAGUGGAGGAAGUGGUGCUGUCACUGGAAGCAUGGACUGUCGAAUUAAAGUCUGGGAUCUCACUCAGGAUAUGGCCCUUACUACCUACCAUGGGCACACGCAGCCAGUCAGUUGUGUUGCCUGCAGUCCGACAGAUGAGUCUAUCUUCGUCUCCUGUGGUCAGGAUGGCCGUGUGCUGAUGUGGGACAGGAGGAAGCCAGACAAACCAGCAUCAAGAAUAGAUGUAGAGUCAAUCUGCUCCCCUACCACUGUCGUCUGGCACCCCCACCACAGGAGCACCAUUGCAUUUGGUGAUGCGCUGGGUAGAGUGACCAUGAAGGACUUCCUGGGAACAGAGCCGGCCCAGUUGGUGAGCGUUCACAGCCGCGGAGUGAAUGGGCUGGCCUUCUCUACACACAGUACGCCCCUGCUAGCCUCCAUAAGUGAUGAUUGUUCCCUUGCUGUAAUGAACUCCGACCUGGAAGAAAUACUUAGAGAUCGGCGGCACCAGGACUUUGUCAAAGGUGUCUGCUGGCUCCACGAUGGCUCCAACACCCUAACAACCGUAGGCUGGGAUCACCUCGUGCUUCACCACACGGUGGAUCCGGCCGCUAAAGCCCUAAACCCUUCCUCUUAAACCCAAUGCUCACAUACCUUGGAAAGAGCAUGUAUCAAGAUGAGCACUUACCCCCCUAUUGUUUUUAAGGGGGCUUCAAUGCGUGUCUAAAAAGUCAGGCAAUAUUGAUUAAAGUUUGUAAUUGUCAUUUAGUACUCCAGAUAUUUGCUGAAUAUUUGGACUAUUGCUCUGCUGAUCCCGACCUGGUAGAGCAAUAGUUUCUCUAUAAUUGCUGUCUCUAUCCACUUCCUUCAUACUGUAUAGCAUUUCCAUGUGUAAUUACACUUAAGGCAACCAUUUGAAUUUGCAUAAUUUUACAUUAAAGGUAACGUCCUGAUGUAAAAGCAAGAGCAUUUGA